AUGAAGUCACAUGGAUCCAUGCGUGCGCUACUGGAGCAGAAACAGAAAAAGAAACGGCAGGAGCCUCAGAUGGUUCAAUCCAACACUGAGGACAAGAAGCCGAAGAAGGUCAGGACAAAACGCACGGACGAACAGACCCCACUGGCUGAAGCAAAGACUAUAAACCAGAGUAAGAUGCUUUGGUCACUAGCUUGUAACGGGGAUGAAUUUGCAGACUUGUACAGCGUCUCCUGUCUCUCACCCUUGGCGUUGCUUGCUUCCCCCUUUCCUGAUGUGCGUACACACCACAUACAAAAAGAAGUUGCAGAUAAGAAGCCAAGAAAGAAGAAACCAAGGGCGGAGGCGGAGGAUCCUGAGCCAGAGAAAGAUCCCUAUGCCAAGUUCAUCAAGGACCCCAAGAAGAAGAAGGAGAACCCAGCAUCCUAUUUCACUGUUGGAAAAGCAUGCAAAAAGCAGCAGCAAGAAGAGUCUGGGGUGGAGGAUGAGGAUGACGAGAACAAAGAGGAGGAAGAGGCAUUAGAGGUGUCCACAAAUCGUGCUAAAAAGAAAGUACCAAGGGAGAAAAAAGCUAAACAGAAAGAGUCACAGUCAGAACAGGAUGACAGUGAGGAUUCAGAACCCAAUCCAAAAGCUUCAAAGGUGAAAAAGAAGAAGAAGAACACAGCCAACAUGUUCCAGGCUGGAGGCGCAGCUAACAGGGAGAAAAAGAACAAGAAGAAAGAAUCCGAAGAUGAGGAAAAUGAAAUCACACAAAGGAACAGCAACAGAAAGGGAAAGUAUGCAAAGAAAAAGUCAAACACUGACAGUGUCACGACCGCGGCAGAAUCUCCCAUUGUGGAAAUCGAUGACCUGGAGAAGUUUGUGCUGCAGCCUGCGCCUCAGGGCACCACCAUCAAAUGCAGAGUCACCAGGGACAAGAAAGGCAUGGACCGGGGCCUAUACCCCACCUACUACCUGCAUCUGGACACCGACGAGAACAAAAAGGUUUUCUUGCUAGCUGGAAGGAAGCGGAAAAAGAGCAAAACGUCCAAUUACCUCAUUUCAAUAGAUCCAACGGACCUAUCCCGAGGGGGAGAAAACUUCAUCGGAAAACUCAGGUCAAACCUGAUGGGGACCAAGUUCACAGUGUUUGACAAUGGACUCAACCCUGAGCGGGGAAGGGCUGACCGUUCCAACGUUCGUCAGGAGCUCUCUGCUGUCACUUACGAGACAAACGUGCUUGGAUUCAGAGGCCCCAGGAGGAUGACGGUGAUUAUCCCAGCGAUGGAUGAGAAGCAGGAACGUAUCCCCUUCCGCCCACGUAACGAUAAAGAUGGCCUGCUCGCGAGGUGGCAAAACAACAACACAGAGAACUUAAUCGAAUUGCACAACAAGACCCCGGUGUGGAAUGAUGAGACACAGUCCUAUGUGCUGAACUUCCAUGGGAGGGUGACUCAUGCCUCAGUGAAGAAUUUCCAGAUUGUCCAUGAGAAUGAUGCUGACUACAUUGUGAUGCAGUUUGGGCGUGUGGCUGAUGAUGCAUUCACCAUGGAUUACAGCUACCCGAUGUGUGCCGUCCAGGCAUUUGCCAUCGCCCUCUCCAGCUUUGAUGGGAAACUAGCGUGUGAGUGAUCAGUGACUUCCUGCUGAGCCACCAGUGCAGAGCUGGAAACUGAAGUGCGCUUUACUUAAUCUCCAAGACUAGCGUUAGACUAAUGUAUGUGGUAAGCAAUUUUUUUGUAACCUUGUGCAAGUUUUCUUGAGGAUGCACCAGGGCUA